CGUUGCAUUAUUUCAUGAAAAAAUAGGUAUUGUAAUUUUCAUAUUUCACUGGGACUUUAACAUACCUAGGCUACCUGUUUUUUAAUUCAUACAUGGGUGCACUCAAAUAUUCCCCCUUAAACACAAAUAAUGUUUCCGUUCUCCUGUCUCUGUAUCCUUUCAUUGUUAAAAAAUGUUCAAUAAUCAGAUUAAGAAUAAAAUGAGAUACAUUUUUUGUACAUAUGAUACAUAUGUUUCUACAAUUACAUUUUUGUCUAUAAAGCCACUUUCUUGCUUCUAAACAAACGCCUUCAGAUCGAAAAGGAGAAGAGAAACAGUUUACUCAAGAGAAAAGUGGUGAAUGUAUAUCCUAAAUAAAAAUCUAUAUCAAUAUAGGCCUAUUAGCUUAAUUCUAAAGACGGAUCCUUAAGCUUCAUUUGUUCAUUUGUAAAAACAUAAUCCACGUUAAGCUUUUAAAAAUGAUAAACGUGUGCACAAUAAACUGUAUUUUUUCCCUCUGUGUAAAAUAUAAACGUAAACAGCUUUUUGUUACCGAGACAGUUCAGGCUAUUAGGUCUUCACGACUACAUUUCCCAAGACUCUAUUCGGCAAAGAGCACCCGGAAGUUACGACAACAUUAAUGGCACUUGCACCAAUUUCAAAACAGCGUUCUGACAAUUAUACAGAAAUAUCUUUUCAUUUACGGUUGGACCAAACACGUGGAAUUAAGGAGCCGUUUUCUCUUGUCAGCGAUUUCACAUCUCUUGGAGUGAAUCAUGGAGACGACGCCGAAAAAACUGUCAAUUCAUGAAACUUCAACGAAUACAACCCCGUCUGUCUCCAAAAGUUCCUGUAAAACUGAGCCCAUGAGUGCCUCAUUGAAAGAAAGAUUAAAGAGAACACGACGGACAUUCAAGUCCCCCCUCAGUGUUGUGAAACGCCUUAAGAUUGAGGAUGACGAUCACGCACAGACUUCACAAGCUUACAGCAAUGUGACUGAAGAUACUGAUAUCAACCAGUGUGAAACGAGGGAGCAAACAGACUGUCUAAAUAACACAGAACAUCACUUGAGACAUCAAUGUGAAGUACUGAGAAAGGAGGUGAAACAGAAGACAGAAACUUUGCGGAGAUUAAAGAUGGUCAAAAUGUAUAGAAAAAAGAAUGACCCGAUCCAGCUGCAGAGGCUUAUAGAGAAGUGGAGAUGCUGUGCUCAAUCUGUGCUGUAUGAACUACAGAAUGAACUGCCCACAGAAGGCGAAAAAGUCAGUCUUGCCCACCUUAUAGACAAUUUGGGGUUAGAUGACAAAAUCCUGCACUUUAAUAGGAUAGAAGAAGACUUCACAGACACAUAAAAU